AUGCGCGUUUCCUUUGAGUCGCUAACGGCCAUUCUGGCUUGUCUCUCUACUGGAUAUGCCAUUCAGAUUCCCCCCGAUACGCCGCUCUCGGAUUUGAUCACCUCCGCCAAAGCGCAACUUGCCAAGGGCUCGCCCCGAGACGCUCUAGUAUACUUCGAUGCAGCAGUCAGUCGCGACCCAACCAACUAUGUGACGAUCUUUCAACGAGGCGCCGCCUAUCUGUCAAUAGGCAAAAACCUGCAAGCCUCGGAGGAUUUCAACCGGGUGCUGGAGCUGAAACCGGACUUUGAAGGCGCGCUCCUCCAACGGUCUCGCCUUCAAGCCCGUUCUGCACACUGGAAAGAAGCCCUCCGCGACCUCGAACUAGCCGGAAAGAAGACUUCGGUGGAAUACAAGGAACUUGAGGAAGCUCGGAAUGCAGCGAAUUUGGCUUUCGCCGCCGAGAAGAAGGGUGACUGGGAGGCAUGUGUCUUGCAAGCCGGAAUCGCCAUCAUGAAGGCUAGCACUGAUCUGGCUCUCAGGCAGGCUCGAGCACACUGUCGUUUGGAGCGAGGCGAGGUUGAAGAGGGCAUCAGCGACCUGGCCCAUGUUCUCCAAAUUUCCCCGAGCUUGGUAGAACCUCAUUUGCAAAUGUCCUCAAUGUUGUUCUAUUCCCUUGGAGACAGUGAUCGUGGUCUGGCUCAGAUCCGCAAAUGUCUCCACACAGAUCCUGAUUCGAAAGCCUGCAAUCGUCUCUACAAGCGAGAGCGGCAGCUGUCAAAGAGAUUAGGCAAGCUGCACAAUGCCCUAGAGGCGCGCAAAUUUAGUAAUGCUGCAAAACUCAUGGUCGGUGAUGCUGACGAGAGUGGUUUGAUUGCCGACGUCAAGGCCGAUGUGGCAGAUGCGAGGGCGGCGGGUCACAUUCACCAUGCGGCAUCCAAUAAUCUAUAUGUCUUCCUUAUUGAGAAGACCUGCGAAGCCUACCGGGAGAUGCAUAUGGUAAAAAAGGCUGGACCUUAUUGUGCCGAAUCUCUUCGGUUGGUCCAGUAUUCCCUUCACGGUCUUUUGUACCAGGCCCAGGCUGAGCUGGACCAGGAUCAAUAUGACGAGGCCGUGCGCACGCUGAUUGCGGCCAGGGAGCACCACCCUCACUCUCAGGAGGCUCAAACCCUUCUUCAGAAGGCCCAGGUGCUCCUGAAGCGCUCGAAGCAGAAGGACUACUACAAGGUUCUGGGUGUCAGUCGCGAUGCAGAUGACCGGACUAUCAAACGUGCCUAUCGGCAAUUGACGAAGCAGCAUCAUCCAGAUAAGGCCGCUUCCCAAGGGGUGUCGAAGGAAGAUGCCGAGAAGAAGAUGGCCGCUAUCAACGAGGCAUACGAGGUCCUUUCGGACUCGGAAUUACGAACUCGAUACGAUAACGGCGACGAUCCCAACGACUCCGAGGCGCAAGCGCAGCGAGGAAACCCGUUCCAGGGGAGCCCCUUCGGCCACGGCGGUGGCCAACAAUUCUUUUUCCAGCAGGGCGGACCACAGUUCAAGUUCUCCGGUGGUUUCCCCUUUCGCUGA